CUUAUGCAUAUGACGUAUCAAGUGGGAUGAUACUUCAUAUUUUACAGCAUGAACGAUAGACUUAUACAUGAAUUGUUUUAAGGCAUAUGGUAGUUUUUGUCUAAAUGUCCUCAACUCAAAAAAAUAAGUAUGUUCUUCAGUAGAUUCAAAGUCAUCUUCAUAGAGUGUAGGAUUCUAUACCAGAAGUUGAAAAACUUUUCCUACCGAGGCCUGAUAGUGAACAUUUUCAGCAUCGCAGGCCAGACAAUCUCUUGUGCAGCUACUAAACUCUGUGCCAUAGCACAGAAGCAGCCACAGAUUAUAAGGAAGCGAAUGCAUGUGUCUGUGUUCUAAUAUCCUUUCGUUGUGGACUCUGAAAUGUCAAUUUAAUAUACUCUUCACGUUGUGCAAAACAUUCUUUUCUCAACCAUUUAAGAAUGUGAAUAACAUUCUUGUUUCACUAUAAAAACAGGUGGGGGACAGUCCUGCGAGCUGCAGUUUGCAAUCCAAGUGCUAUUUGGAAAAUAUUUAUUGACAGCUUACUACGGCACAUGAAUGGCCUCUGCUGUCUUGAUCCUUAGAGGCUGUGGGACGGACAGAUACCAAAUAAAAAGAAACCACAUAUAUAAGUUAUUGGAAAUAGUGAUAAAUGAUCUUCAAGGGAAACAAGAUACUAUGACAGUGAACCAUGGAGGGAUCUAUUUGCUUUGUAUUGGUAAUCAGGGGGGGGCUUCUCUGAGGUGGUGGCUAGUCAGCUGUGACGUAUAGCUAACCAGAGUUUGGGCAGAGAGUGGAAAGAAGAAACGUGUGGGAAGGGAGAUCCUCCCUGCAGGAAAGAGCAUGUUCCCCUGCAGUUUUUCACCAUGUGCUCAUUCAGUGUCUGACUCUUCUUCCUCUGAAUGAAUUCACAGGAUGAGCCUGGUGCCCCUCAUCCGUGUCUGCUGAGGGCCCCUCACAUCAGUGUGCCCGCACAUGAUGCUGUCAGGAAGCUCAGAUCCUUGAGGACAACUACCCAAGACGGUCUUCCGUUGCUACAGGGAGGAUGAGGAUUCGCCUGGUCCUGCUGUCAUUCCUGAGUGUGGCCCAGAGCCAUGCAGCCACAAGGCCCAACCUGGUCCUCCUGCUGGCUGACGACCUUGGCAUCGGAGAUCUUGGGUGCUAUGGAAACAAGACCCUCAGGACUCCCAAUAUUGACCGGUUGGCUGAAGGGGGCGUGAAGCUCACACAGCACCUGGCGGCAUCACCCCUGUGCACCCCGAGUAGGGCAGCCUUCAUGACAGGCCGCUACCCCAUCCGAUCAGGAAUGGCAUCUGAGUUCCUCGUGGGUGUGUAUCUCUUCUCGGCCUCAUCUGGAGGACUUCCCACCAGCGAGAUUACAUUUGCCAAGCUUCUCAAGGGUCAAGGCUAUUCAACAGCUCUCAUAGGGAAGUGGCACCUUGGGACGAACUGUCACAACAAAAGCGACUUUUGUCACCACCCAUUGAGCCAUGGCUUUGAUUAUUUCCAUGGGAUCCCUGUGACCAACCUAAGGGACUGCAAGCCCGGAGAAGGCAGUGUGUUCACCAGGGGUAUCAGGCUGCUGGUGUUCAUCCCUCUUCAGAUCAUAGCGGUCACUCUCCUCACCAUGGUGGUGCUCAAGUACCUGGGGCUGGUCCGAGUGCCCCCUCUGGUCUUCUUUGGCCUUCUCUGCCUGGCCGCCAUGAUACUGGGCCUUCUGGUGUGCUUCCUGCAUUACUUCCGGCCCCUGAACUGCUUCCUGAUGAGGAACCACGAGAUCACCCAGCAGCCUCUAUCCUACGACAACCUCAUGCAGAGGCUGGUGGCGGAUGCGGCCCAGUUCAUUCGACGGAAUGCCAAGAAGCCAUUCCUGCUGGUCCUGUCGUACCUUCACGUGCACACGGCCCUGUUCUCUUCCAAGGAGUUUGCCGGAAAAAGCAAACACGGAGCUUACGGGGAUGCCGUGGAGGAAAUGGACUGGAGCGUUGGUAGAAUGUUUUAUCUCGUUGAUGAGCAUUAGGUUUCAAAUAACAGGUUGCUUUAUUUUUCAACCAGGAGCAUGGCAAGGGUUCAAGAAGUCCUACCUCAAGGUGAAAUCACUUGUGGGGCAGGGGGUCGGGGAGGAGGGGGAAAAGCAAACAACUGGGAAGGGGGUAUCCGGGUUCCUGGCAUUCUUCGGUGGCCGGGAGUGAUACAGGCCGGACUAGAGAUUGACGAGCCAACAAGCAACAUGGACGUGUUUCCCACGGUGGCCACACUGGCGGGGGCUCCAUUGCCUGAGGACAGAAUCAUUGAUGGACGUGACCUGAUGCCCCUGCUUCAAGGGAAAACCCAACACUCCGAUCACGAGUUUCUCUUCCAUUACUGCAACUUCUACUUAAAUGCCGUGCGCUGGCAUCCUCGGAACAGCACGUCCAUCUGGAAGGCCUUCUUCUUCACGCCCAAGUUCAGCCCCGAGGGCGCCAACGGCUGCUUUUCCACACACGUGUGUUUCUGCCACGGGCAUUCUGUCAGCUACCAUCAUCCGCCGUUGCUGUUUGAUAUUUCCAGAGACCCCACAGAGAGAAACCCAGUGACGCCAGCGAACGAGCCCCGGUUCCAGGAGGUCCUCGACACCAUGCAGCAGGCAGUAGACCGUCACACCAAGACCCUGAAGGCGGUCCCCAAUCAGUUGUCACUGGGCAACAUUGUCUGGAAGCCGUGGCUUCAGAUGUGUUGCUCACCGUCAGGCCUGUCUUGCCAGUGUGACCGAGAAAAACAGGCCAGGAGAGCAAGCCACUAGCUGUACGUCCGGGGUGGCACUGGGCAGCCCCAGCCCUGUGGGAGCCUUGCUUUCUGGUGCGUUGGCCGCCAUGAUUCCCCUAGCCCCCAAAACAAGGGGAUAACACUGAAAAAGCAAUUAGUAAAUCUUCACAUAUGCAACUUACAAUGAGCAAAGGGCCAUGAAGUACAUGAUGCUAAGUUGCAGUUCGGCUCGUGGAAGGCAAUUAUUAUCGGUAUUAUUUAGAACACAUAUCAAAUGCUAUUCAUGAUAGAUAUACUUACAUACUCCCAGUUCAUUUCUUUCCUUGAGAAACCUGAGAUACUUAAACUAGGAAGCUAGAAGCUGAUCACUUUUAAAGUAAAAGCAGGAGAGGCUCACAGAUGGAUAUGUAUUGUUCAACAGACUUUGUGGGAAAUCCUUCCUUCAGGAGCAAUAAUCCCAAAACAAAUCUCUCCCGAAGGGAUUUCCGUUUUAUAAUUUAUAGUAUUAUAUUUGGGUUUUACUGAUUCUUCGGUGAAUGGAAAUUCUGAAAUAAAGGCUACCUCAGGGUGGGGUGGGGGGGCUGGAGUGAAAGGAAUCCAUCCCAACGUGAUGCAGAAUUACUGGCAUGGCACGUGGAUGAUUUGCGGGCAAAGCAUUCGUAAGCAAUCCAUGAUCCACACGUGAUGCUGUGAUGUGUUUCGUGGUUGCAGGAUUUACUGAUGAGACCAGAGGAGUUAACGUAAGCCCUUUUGUUCUGUGUUCUCAUGUCCUACGGCUACGAAAUCCCUAUGCCUCCAGUCCUCAGUGAGACGUACAACUUUGUUCUAAUUCUCUUUCUUCCGACAUCAAUAAUUAAGGGACAAGGCAUCACGAGGCCACACAGGCGAUGGACAGACAGUGGCUCAGCCGGAGAAGGGUCCUGAGUGUGAGCCCCCACUGUGGAAAGAGUGCACCCGGGUGGACAAGGCUUACAUCACUUGUUCAGACAGUAUACGUUCUCCAACAGCAUCGCGUGGAUUCCUUUCCUGGUCCGUGGACAGGAGCUGCUGUCCCUGUGGCUACCCAGUCAUGUCUUUUGUGAACGGGUCUCAGCACCGUCUGCUGGCCUCAUGUUGGCUCAGUUCCAGGAGAGGACAGCCACAUGGAAAGUCUGGAGCCUGGGUGGCUGAGUGGGAAGAAUGUGUGCUCUGUCCACGUUCCCACAGUGGGCUACACUUCUCUCUACUCGUCCCCCAUCAAUCACUUCCAAGAUCAGCGAUAGUGCCCUCGUUCCUCUUGACGUCCGUGAUUUUAGAUUUUGAUGUUUGUUUUCUUUCCCUUCAAACCUGCAAGUGAGUUUUCCUCCUCUCCCCAGUUGAGUGGCGGAAAGUUGGAAAGCAAACAGAAUUCUCAACUUUUCAUGUGGAUUUCACACUCCAGAAAUUGCCAAAAAUCUGUCGUAUUACUUUAGGAACCAUUAAAGAAUGCUCUAGCAUGUUAAUAACGUGUUAGGAUUAUUGCUGAUGUUACCAGGCAGAAACUACUUAAAACCUCUGUUAGGAACUUAGGUUUUCAGCUGAUCAUGUUUAUUCAAAGUUUAACACACUCCAUGCAAGUGGACUUUUAGACAGCGCUUGAUGGUGUGGGCAUGUAUGUUGGAGGAUGAAGUAAUUUAAAGCACUUUUACAGAUUAGGUGGAUACACAUUUAUGUACAGAGUUGUUCAGUCUGUACAAUGUUCGCAGCAAAUGAAGGAUACAUAUACCUCUAGAAAUAAAAUGAGCUCUCACAUAUUUGCCUCAGAAUAAGUUAAAUCACCAUUAUGAGUCAGGGUAUUUAAAAAUCAGGUUUAGUCAUAAUAACGGUGAUUCUUAGAUUUCAGACCACUUGCCAUCUGAAAGUUUUGCUUGGGGUGUACGGCAGGAAAUUUGAAUUCUUUUGUUCAGGGAACACCAAGCAGGCCUUCUUUACGACCUGGCUUUGUGUUUGUUGGUUUUACAAAGCUGUAUGAGCCUACUUGUUUUCAAAGAAUCUCAGUGGUAUUACGUACUAAGGUUUGUAUGUCCAAACCUUCCUGGGUUUUGAAGGUUUCAACAAAUUCUUCCGCAACAAAAUCACUACAUUCGUAGCAUUUCAUAGACAUGCCAAGCUAAGCAAACAGUAACGUGUAGACAGGCAUCGUUUUCCAAGGUCAGUGACGCUGUGUGAGAACCAGAAUCCCACCCUACGUCGUGAAGGAUUCAAGAAGGGAAACAGACAUUAGGUUGCCCUGAAGGACACACAGAGGAGAGCAGAGAAAAGAUGUGGGUCCAGUGUCUGGUCUGCCUCUGAAGAAUGCCACCUGUAAAGUGAUGGCAGCUGGUAAAGGAUUCUGAGAACCUUGUUCUAAUGCCCAUGCAAACUUAAAAUAAAACUCUCCUUGAAAGAAA